AUGUUGGAAAUGUGCAGCGCGCAGCCCUUUGUCCUUCCGCAGCUGGCGUGUCCUCAGCCCGUGUUGUUGAUCCUCUGCUUCAGUCCUUUCUCUCAGUCCGCUCCGUGUCUUGGCGUGUGGACCUGGCUUCGGCUUCCUCUGUUCUCGGUCCCAGUUGGUGGAGUGUGGAGUUUGCGCACGACUGAUCCACGGUCAGAUCUGUCCACGGACACGGGUUACGAGCGAGUGGACAGGAGUGAGGGGGGCUGGCCCAGGGGGAGCAGAGGACCACUUUACACACUCACACUGUACAGACUGAUCCAGAUCCUCAUCAUGGCUGUGGACGGAUGUGGCCUCGUGUGCAAGUAUAUCAUCAUCUUAUUCGACUGCAUCUUUGCGGUGCUGGGAGCUGCCAUGUUGUGUCUGGGUUUGUGGUUACGAUUCAGCGACAGCACAAGAGCGAUCUUUCAAAUAGAAGAUUUCAACUCGACCACAUUUGUAAUCAGCGUGAUCGUGCUGAUAGUGCUGGGGACCUUGAUGCUGAUCGUGGUCUCGUUUGGAGACUAUGGCGCGUGCAGCGAGAAAACGGGUUCUCUGAAAGUGUUCUCUUGCCUUGUUGCCAUCCUCGCUGGAGCAGAGAUCAUCAUCGGAGUGCUGGCCUACACCAACAGUAAAGCGGUUGGAGACUGGAUGGCGAACUUUUACGUCGACUUGUAUACUGUGUAUGUGGCCACCGCAGACCCAGGCAUCGCACUCACACUCACAUUUCUGCAAAAAAUGCUUUACUGCUGCGGAUUGUCAGGAAUCCCUCUUGUCGAUCUUGCAAAGAAAACGUGCCCAGCUCCAAAAGGAUUUUGGGAUGGACUCAAGAUGCCUGCGUGCCCCUCAACUAUCACUACAGUCUUCGAUGGUAGAGCCCCUCUCGUGCUGGGCAGCUUUCUUGGAACCGGGGCCCUUUUGAUUGUUGUCUUCAUAUGCAGCUUGGCACUUUCUAAGUCCAUCCGCAUGGCUUCAGCAUCUCCCCGAUACAUAAUCCUACAAGCUCCCUCCGCUAACCCCCAGUACCCUGCUUUCCUUCCCCCCUCCUCUCCCUACCCUCCCCCCGACCAGGAGCCUGUAGUCUUCACGCCUCUCACUACUCUCAACAUCCCGACUGCACAUGCUUCAGAGUAA